AAAUCUAAGCUUAUAAUCUUAAGCAGAGAUUACAGCUCUGUGGCCCACUGUGUUGAGAUGGGCGAUCAAGUGGAACACUUACAUCAGUCUUGCAUCACUCGAGUCUGCGGAUUUUGCGGUGAGCUGGGUCCAAUCCGUUGGCAAUAUAUAAGCGUAGCCGACGAAUGCCCAGAGCGCUCAGUUCGACAGAAUGAUGGGGAGCCAACUGAAGUUGCUGUUGGUGUUGGCGCUGCUGCUGACCUGCGUGGCAGCCAAGAAGAAGGAGGCAUCCUCCGCGGAGGAGGAAGAAGGUGGCGACAAGUAUGAGAAGAAGAAGUAUGGUGAUGAGGAGCACAAGGGCGAACAUGGUCACAAGGAGCACAAGGAAUGGGAUGAGGAUGAAAAGAAAUAUCACGAGGUGGAGGACCAUGAGCAUCAUCAUGGCGACGAGGGCAAAAAGAAGAAGAAACACUACGAUGAGAAGGAUGAAUAUGGGGAGAAACAUGAGCACGGUGCUCACAAAAAGGGCGGCAAGGAUCAUCACAAAAAGAAGCACAAGAAGGGCCACAAGGAGAUGGAGUACCAUAAGAAAUUCAACAAGGACGAAUACUACAAGGAGAAGAAGUUCUACGAUGACGAGCACAAGGGCGGCCAUCACAAGAAAUAUGGCAAGGAGCACAAGCAUCACCAGGGCGAGCACGGUGAGCACGAGAAGGGGGAGAAGCACGAAAGCGGCAAGAAGAAGGGUCACAAAAAACACGAGGACCACUACAAGAAGGGCCAUCACGACGAGGAUCACAAGAAGUACAAGAAGGAGCACAAAUACGGCGACAGCUUCGAGGACAAGGAGGAGCACGGCAAAAAGGGCGACAAGCAUGGCGGCCACAAGCAUCACAAGAAGGGUGGCAAGAAACAUGGCUAAUGGCGAUCUCUCUUCAAACUCUCC